AGUAUUGAAACUUGAAAGCUUAUAUUGGAUCUCGGAAUUAAAUACAGAUUGCUCAUUGCAUGAUUCAUUUGAAGUGGGCUUGCAUCAACUUUUUUUUGAUAUUCGAUCUUGAACCCGAUAACUCUUGUUAACGGUAAAAGUAAUGUCUUCUAUUUUGUAUUGUUGGUGUUACUAAAUAUAGUCACCUACCCUUCCAUAAAUUGAAAUAUUGAAAUUGGGGAUGCAAAAGAAUAUUCUUCAAGUCUUUGAUGAAACCAUGUGGUUGGCUUGUUCGUUGUGUCAACCCAAAAUAGCGAUUUUCGUCACACGCAAACGAAGAAGGAGCAGAAUUCACAACACCUCUUAUUCCCAAAUCUUGGAUUAUAACUUUGAAAUCUGAAUCUUGAUUUGAAACUCAAGAAAUUAGUGAAAAUAUGAUGACAGCUACCAUGACAACAACGGUCUCUGUUGGGUCAUCUUCAUUUUUCACUAAUUAUCCUCUUAUGUCUGCUCUUAUUGCCUUUGCUCUUGCCCAAUCCAUCAAGCUCUUCACUUCAUGGUACAAGGAAAGACGAUGGGAUCUUAAGCAACUUGUUGGAUCUGGUGGAAUGCCCUCAUCCCAUUCAUCAACAGUAACUGCUCUAGCUGUGGCUGUUGGUUUGCAAGAGGGCUUUGGGGGGGCGCUCUUUGCUUGUGCAUUAGUUUUAGCGUGUGUGGUCAUGUAUGAUGCCACGGGUGUAAGAUUACAUGCUGGACGUCAGGCAGAGGUCCUGAAUCAAAUUUUAUACGAACUUCCUUCUGAACAUCCUCUUGCAGAUAGUAGGCCAUUACGAGAACUCCUUGGUCACACUCCUCCUCAGGUUGUAGCUGGUGGAUUAUUGGGAUUGACAACUGCAACGGCUAUCCAUUUUAUCAGAGGCUCAGGACAUGAAGCAUGACAUUAAAGAAACGGUUGCUUACUAUGUAACAGCUUGUGAAAUAUGAUAUCAGGCCAAAAGUUACAGAUAUCUCAUUUCACCUCUGCAUUGUAUUGACUGCAGAGAUGUACUAGUAUUUUAGAUACCUCACUGCAGAGUUUAUACAUAAUGUAGAUAAACAAUGAACUGCAACCUGUAAGUUAAGCUGCACACAUCUCAGAAUAUUAGUUACAGUGUGUUUUAUGUUUAUCUGUAUUACCUCAAUUACUCACAACUUCUUUAGUUGUCCAAUUAAUCUGGUGAACUACGUUCUUCCAGUUCCUUCCUUUAUACUGAA